CAUAUUUCCCCCCCCCCGUGUCGCAGUGCUGGACGCUGGAUCCUGGAUCCCUGCACUCUCACCCACCUUCACCAGCAUCCCCGGGGCUCAAGGUCUGGAUCCCUGGCACCAGCUGCAGAGGUAACCUGCCACCAUGGGAGUUAAAACGAUGCUCCCCAGCUAUGAACUGGGAUUUUACGCUCUUGCUGUGACUUGUGCUGUGGUGUACAGCGGCAGUGAGAUCUUCCAAGCAUCCAGAGACAGCAUGAACAAAAAGGCCUUUCGGGAUGGCAUAAAGCCAGGCUGGCACUACUUCGGCAGGAAGAUGGAUGUGGCCGAUUUCGAGUGGGUUAUGUGGUUCACCUCGUUCAGGAACGUCAUCAUCUUCGCCCUCUCAGGACACGUCCUCUUCGGCAAGAUCUGCUCCAUGACGUUGCCCCAGCACCGGGCUGUGGUGUACAUGCUUUAUGGGAUCCUGGCUGUGCAGGGCAGCAUGGGGCUCGUCUACCUGAUGAUCAUCCUCUCCCACUGCCUUGUACUGUACUCUGUUGCACUGGCUAAGCAGAAGUGGCUCUGCUAUGUGGCCGGGCUUUGCUGUCUCGCCUCCUUCAAGGUGGAGCCAUUCAGCUCCUGGCAGAGCGGGUUUGUAACAGGAGCUUUUGAUCUUCAAGAUGUCCUCUUCUAUGGAGGAAGCGGCUUCACUAUCAUGCGCUGCAUGAGCUUUGCACUCGAGAGCUGUGAGAAGAAAGAGGGCAUCUACUCUGUCUUCGACCUCCUCAAGUACAACUUCUACCUCCCAUUCUUCUUCUUUGGGCCUGUCAUGACAUUUGAUCAGUACCACGCUCAGGUGAGCACCAGAGAGCUGAGACGCAAAGAUGAUGAAAUGAGGAACAUUCGGGUCCAUGCUCUCCUCCACGUGGGGGCCAUCAUUGCUGUGGACAUCUUCUUCCAUUUCUUCUACAUUCUCACCCUUCCUACUGACCUGAAGUUCAUGAACCGCCUCUCCGACUGGUCCCUGGCUGGUUUGGCCUACUCCAAUUUGGUGUACGACUGGGUAAAAGCUGCUGUCAUGUUCGGGGUCAUCAACACCAUCGCCAGAUUGGACCACUUGGAACCACCCCAGCCCCCAAAAUGCAUCACCAUGCUCUACGUCUUUGCAGAAACGCAUUUUGACAGAGGGAUUAAUGACUGGCUGUGUAAGUACGUGUAUGACCACAUUGGUGAGAACCAUGACAACAUCAUGAAGGAGCUCAUGGCCACCAUCGCCACCUUUGCUGUCACCACCCUGUGGCUGGGACCCUGUGAGAUUGUUUACAUCUGGUCUGUCUUCAACUGCUUUGGCCUCAACUUUGAGCUCUGGGUGCAGAAGAUCUUCCAGCAGGAGCCCUUUGCCAAACUGGAGGCCAAAAUGUCAGAGGCCAUGUCUCGGCGGAUUAGGGCACUCUUUGGGGCAGCAAAUUUCUGGGCCAUCGUUCUCUACAACAUCCUAGCCCUCAACAGCCUGGAAUUUGCGAUGCUGGUCACCAAGAGACUCCUUCUGACGGGUUUCCCUGUCAGCACCUUGUCCAUCUGGUUUGUCACAUACUGUGGAGUGCAGCUGAUCAAAGAGCGUGAGCGCAUCCUGGCCAUUGAGGAGGAGAAGUGUGACAAAGCAAAGGUGGAGUAGAGGGAGACAUCAGUGGGCUUGUCACAAAGCCUCAUCUCCCCUCCAGCCACCACUGCCAGACGAGCCACUGGCAGGGGGUCUCCAAGCACUCCUGACAAUCAGACUGCAGUAGCUCACCCAUGUAGAAGUCACCUGGAAGGCACAGGUCACCUCCUUGCUGCGAGAAAGAUUUUCUAUAAGACACAGUGGGCGUUUCUCAGGCUCCCCGGGCAUGGCAGACUGCUGAGGUAGGCUUCCAGGACAUUUCUUCAAUGCCAGCAAGAGCCAUCCCCAUUAUUUUUCUGACCCUCUGACGUUAUGCAGACCUAGAGAUUUCACCCUUUGCUUCCCAUAACACUUGGUCCACCAGUGCUCAGCUCUUCUGCAGGACCUGUAGCCCAUGUCUCCCAAAGGAGUCCAAUGGCUGGUGGUUUUAUGGUGGGCCAGUCACAGAGCUACAAGAGAUUAGCUGGAGCUGAGCCUGCUUUUAUCAGAUCAUCUCCAGGUCACUUCCAGCCCAAGCAUCCCAUGUUUCUUUCACUACAAGGAACAGUCAACACCCACUGUCAAGUCUUCUUCAUCUAUGCUUAUGCAGUAAGGUCUGUGAAAUGGCUCAGUACGAUCUAUACCUACCAAGAGGCUAAUAAAUAAAUAGUACAGCCUUUACCACAAAGGGAAACAGGACCAGGAACAGCACAUUGAAGGGUAAUUAUCUCCCCACCAUUGUCAGCAGUGCAGAAUGAUAGCUGUGAUCUCUGCAAAACAGUUCCCUUCAGUGCUGAAAGUCUUGGAAAAAAUGAUUUAGUGCCAACAGGAGGAAUAGUUAAUGAGAAUGUGGGAGCUAUACCUACUUCACAGCCAUCGCACAUCAUGUACGGUUCUCCUGAGGUGCAACAAAGCACAACACAUGGCUCAUAAAUGCUUGGUGCCCAGGCCACAACUCAAACCCAAAGGGUCCUUCACUACAGGGUCUGAGACUGAUGUGGCCACCACGACCAUCCUGCUGUGAUAUGUGUCCUGGGACUCAAAACAAAUCCCGCUUGCAUUUUUUACAUGCCUUGAACAAAGGUUUGAGCUCAUAUUCUAGCCAAUGGCUGAGGAACAGAAGAUGCUGUAGCCAACUCUUUCUCAUCUUCAGCCAUCCAUGCCUUUACUCAACUGACUUUGUUACACUCAGCCUAAGCCCAUGACUGCAUGGCUGAAUGAGCACACACCAUAUGCACUACCAAAGAAGAAAGACUUCUGAAUGAAGGGCAGUUAUUUGGGACUCAGUGGAACAUGGGAAGCCCAUAAUAAACUCCUUGGAGAAGUAGAUUUUGGGACACUGCAUAGUGAGUGCAUUGAAUAAAUUCACAUGUGAAACACGGUGCUUUGGGAAAAAGGUGGGUUAGUAACUGCAAAAUUGUAGGAGCUCUCUCUGUCUCUCAUGCACUUUAGAGUAACUUUCAGUGGCCUUAUGUCUCAGUUCUGUUGAUGUUUGGUGAGGGCAGAAUCUGGACCACUUUGUUACAUGGGUUGAGAUGCUUGGUGCUGGUGUGUUCUGGCUUUCCUGUGGGUGGAACAGGAUCAGUUCUUAGCCAGCUUUCAGCUCUGCCAAAGCAAUUUAUGAAGU